ACAAACACAUUUUGAAGGCAAAUAUCACAAAGGGUCGAAUCUCACAGUCGGGAACAGAUUAAACACAGUUCGUCUUCGUUGUUCGAUCUCCAACUAUUACUUCAAUAAUACCUUCUUCUCUACAUAGCCAUAACUAAUCUAUUCUAUUACAUACAUCUAUAUAACAUCUAUAUAGAUCAGCUUCGCUUCCUCAGAUUCUGUCAAUACAAAAAUGAUGAAAACAUGGUACCUUGAAUUCGCCAUGGUUGCAACACUGGCAAUUUUAUGGAGCAUUCGAGGGGUGAUUGGGAUCAGAUUUGUGAUAGAUAGGGAGGAAUGUUUCUCGCACAAUGUGGAAUACGAUGGGGACACCGUUCAUUUAUCGUUUGUUGUAAUUAAGUCCGAGGGAUCAUGGCAUUAUGCUCCAGAUGGGGUUGAUCUUGUGGUGAAGGGACCUUCCGGUAAUCAGAUUCAUGAUUUCCGUGACAAGACGAGUGAGAAGUUCGAGUUUGUGGCUCAUCAGAGUGGAAUCCACCGUUUCUGCUUCACUAACAAGUCUCCUUAUCAUGAAACCGUCGAUUUUGAUGUGCAUGAAGCCCACUUCUCAUACCAUGAUCAGCAUGCAAAAGAUGAGCAUUUGAACCCUUUGUUAGAACAAAUAUCGAAGUUGGAGGAGGCUUUAUACAACAUUCAGUUUGAGCAGCAUUGGAUAGAGGCUCAGACUGAACGCCAGGCGAUAGUGAAUGAACAAAUGAGCAAGCGGGCAAUUCACAAAGCUUUUUACGAAUCAGUUGCUCUAAUCGGGGCUAGCGUUCUCCAAGUUUACCUUUUACAACGGCUCUUUGAACGGAAGACGGGGAUGUCCAGAGUUUAGGUUUAGUAUAGUGUUUGGAUAUUUAUUGUUGUAGAACCUUGGAACCAAAACUUUUGAGCUUUGUUGUGCCUUCUCUAAAGAUUUAUGUAUAGGGUCACCAUUGGUAAUUUAAAAUGGAGGCUUUGUGACUGUCCGAUGAUUAAAUUAAGAAAACCAUCAUUAAAUAUUUUGCUA